AUGCCAGGAGGUGGGGGAGCUCCGGCGCCUAAGAUUGAUGAGCCACAGCCACAUCCACCGAAGGAUCAGCUACCGAAUGUUUCGUACUGCAUUACGAGUCCUCCUCCAUGGCCUGAGGCCAUUCUUCUUGGAUUUCAACAUUAUCUUGUGAUGCUCGGUACAACUGUUCUAAUUCCCACUGCUCUAGUUCCCCAGAUGGGAGGUGGCAAUGAGGAGAAGGCCAAAGUUAUUCAAACUGUACUCUUUGUAGCUGGAAUUAACACAUUGCUGCAAACUCUGUUUGGAACUCGAUUGCCUGCAGUAAUUGGAGGGUCUUAUACUUAUGUUGCAACAACCAUCUCUAUUAUUCUUGCUGGUCGUUUCAGUGAUGAGCCAGAUCCUGUAGAGAGAUUCAAAAGGAUAAUGCGGGCAACCCAAGGUGCUCUUAUUGUUGCUUCAACUCUUCAAAUAGUACUUGGCUUUAGUGGUCUCUGGCGUAAUGUUGCAAGGUUUUUAAGUCCACUUUCAGCAGUUCCUUUGGUAUCUCUUGUUGGCUUUGGGCUUUACGAGCUAGGCUUUCCUGGGGUUGCUAAAUGUAUAGAGAUUGGACUGCCUGAGCUCAUAUUACUAGUAUUUGUUUCACAGUUUGUACCCCAUGUUCUUCAUGCAGGAAAACAUGUCUUCGAACGGUUCACUGUUUUAUUUACAGUUGCAAUUGUGUGGUUAUAUGCUUAUCUGCUCACCGUUGGAGGGGCAUACAAUCAUGCUGCACCUAAAACACAAGCAACCUGCCGUACUGAUCGUGCUGGUUUAGUAGAAGCUGCCCCAUGGAUACGAGUUCCAUAUCCAUUUCAAUGGGGAGCACCUACAUUUGAUGCAGGUGAAGCCUUUGCCAUGAUGAUGGCAUCCUUUGUUGCCCUUGUAGAGUCCAGUGGUGCUUUUAUUGCUGUCUAUCGGUAUGCAAGUGCAACACCAUUACCACCAUCUAUUCUUAGUCGUGGCAUCGGUUGGCAGGGAGUUGCCAUCUUGUUAUCAGGAUUGUUUGGAACGGGCAAUGGAUCCUCUGUAUCUGUAGAAAAUGCCGGUCUUUUGGCUUUAACCCGUGUAGGCAGUCGAAGGGUGGUGCAAAUAUCGGCGGGUUUUAUGAUUUUCUUUUCAAUUCUUGGUAAAUUUGGAGCUGUUUUUGCAUCCAUUCCACCUACUAUUGUUGCUGCACUGUACUGCUUGUUCUUCGCUUAUGUUGGAGCGGGAGGUCUAAGUUUUCUUCAAUUCUGCAACCUCAACAGUUUUAGAACAAAGUUUGUAUUAGGCUUCUCCAUCUUCAUUGGCCUGUCUGUUUCACAGUACUUCAACGAGUACACAGCAAUUAAUGGUUAUGGUCCAGUUCACACCAAAGCAAGAUGGUUCAAUGAUAUAAUCAACGUCCCGUUCCAAUCAAAGGCAUUCGUUGCGGGUUGUAUUGCAUAUUUCCUUGAUAACACAAUACAUAAGAAGGAAGGUGCUAUUCGAAAAGACAGAGGAAAACAUUGGUGGGACAAGUACCGCUCCUUCAAGACUGACACACGAAGUUAUAGCUAUAUGAAGUCCUCUUUUGCUAUAGAAUAUUCUAAAACAUUUGUUCUAUUGCUUUUCAUUCUGUAA